AUGAGCGACUCCAAGGAAAUUUCAGAAUCUGCUCCGUCGUCAGACCCGUCGGAAGAGGCAACACCUCCUCUCAGUCCACUCCGUCUGAACAUUAUUGUAGCUGGACUAUGGAUUUCUCUCUUCCUCGCCGCCCUCGACAGCACCAUCAUUUCUACCGCGCUACUCUCCAUCGCUAGCGACUUUCAUGGCGAUGAUCAGUCGGGUUGGAUCGUGACCGCGUACCUGUUGACAUACAAUGCCUUCGUCCUCAUUCUGGCCAAACUUAGCGACGUGGUGGGAUUGAAGCCGCUGCUGCUGGCCUGCAAUGCUCUGUUUCUCGUUGCCUCGGUUGCCUGUAGUGUGGCAAGGUCCAUGGAACAACUGAUCAUAUUUCGCGCCAUCGAGGGUAUCGGGGCGUCUGGCCUGUACUGCCUGGUCUUCAUUGCAAUCCUACAACUGGUCUCCCUGAGCAAGACCGGCAUGUACUCGGGGAUUAUCAGUUCAGUCUUUGCUCUGUCCAACCUGGCUGGUCCUCUGCUUGGAGGAGUCAUUGUCGACAACACCACAUGGAGAUGGAUCUUUUACAUGAAUAUCCCUAUCUCCUCCAUAGCCAUCCUCAUUCUCGGCUCGAUGAUGCCUGCCCCAGCAUCCACCAGUUUCCAGCUCAAAACACUCGCUAAACUAGACUGGGUCGGGGCGGUCUUGUCUGUAUCCUGGCUGAUUCCCCUUCUAUUUGCUCUGGAAGAAGGCGGAUCGCAAUACACCUGGAAGAGCAGUGUGAUUAUUGGCACAUUGACCGGAGGCAUUGUGGGACUCGUCGCCUUCCUCGCCUACGAAGCCUGGGUACAACGAUCCGCAAAGGAGGCCAUCUUUCCUGUCCGAUUCUUGUACGAUUCCAUGCAAGGGUUGCUGCUUUUAAACAUCUUCUUCACCGGCUUCGCCUUCUACACUGCGAUCAUCACCCUACCGCAACGAUUCCAAGCCGUCAACGGUGUCAGCGCAGCUAGAGCCGGUGUGCUAGAGCUAGCAUUAACCCUAUGCAUGCCCUUCUUCUCCCUCGUUGCAGGCAUGUCCCUCAGCAAACGACCGGAGUGGACUUAUUCUGUGCUGAUCUUCGGCUGCGCUUUUCUCCUCAUCGCCACCGCAUGCUUGAGCCAUCUCCCCGUGCAGAAAUCCGUGCCUGCCACCGAAUUCGGAUUCCAGGUCAUCAUGGGUGCUGGUCUGGGGAUCAUCUCGCCCACCCAGUACUUUGCGCUGAAAAUCAGUUUUCUUCCGCGUGAUACAGCAUCCGCAACGGGAGCCAUGAACAUGCUCCGUGCCAUGGGAGGCUGUAUCGGGUUGGCCAUCACCUCUAGCAUGUUAACAUCCAAACUCGACGCCGAUCUGCCCUUGUUUCUAGCUCCGGAUCUAGUGGGUCGGGUUAAGGAGUCGCUGGACGAUCUGAGCGGGUUGACGGCAGAGCAGGUGCUGAAGAUCCGUGCAGUCUAUGGAAAAGGGUAUGAUAGUGGAUUUCAGGUCUUAAUUGCGUUUGCGGGUGCGAAUGUCCUCAUUGCUGUCCUUCUGCUGUGGGCUAGUCGCAAGCGGGGAGGAGUGGAUGGGAUGUUUGAGGCGAUUCGGUUGGCGUCGGAGAGUUAG